GUUUACACGAAAUGCAAAAAUCUGAAUAUCCUGCUAAUGUGCAUCAGUCUGUCUCUUCUAGUCCUGCGCUGUUCAGAAUGAGUCACUCUUCUGAUCAUUUCCAUCAAUCCUUGAGUGAUCAGACGAGGGCAUCGCAUAAUGAGAUCCAUCGAUCUCAGUCCCCUAGAUGCUGUUCCAGCAUCAUUAGUGUAAUUAAAUGAUUGUGCGUAAUUCGGAGCGAACGCGACGUCACCGAGGAGCGCGCCCGUCGAGGAAGUGACGUGUCGAUCCGUGCCAGAGGAAGUUUGUUGCGGCGCAGGGAGAGAAGUUUCCCCGGAGCGGCUGCGAUUGGAGCGGGACUGACCCUGACACAGCCGUCGCUGUUGGACCGAGCGCGUCGUGCGGCGCGUGGAUGCGUGUUGCGGAGUCGGAGAGGCGUGCAGUGGGUUCGUGUGGCCGUGUGUUCGUGUCUCCGCCGCUCCUCCCGCUCGCGGUGACAUGGGGAAGGAGCAGGAACUGCUGGAGGCGGCGCGCACCGGGAAUCUGGCCGCCGUUGAGAAGCUCCUGUCCGGGAAGAGACCGUCGGCGGGGUCGGGCUCCUCCGGAGGUUCCGGAUCCUCCGGGAAUAUCGGGAGCGGCGGGCACAGCUCUUCCCACACGCUCUCCAGUCUGCUCAGCAUCUGGAGGGGCCCAAAUGUGAACUGUGUGGACAGCACUGGAUACACACCUCUACACCACGCUGCUUUAAAUGGACACAGUGAGGUGGUGGAAGCACUUCUGAGGAACGAGGCUCUGACGAACAUCGCUGAUAACAAGGGCUGUUACCCUCUGCACCUGGCGGCGUGGAAGGGAGACCAGCGGAUCGUCAAACUCCUCAUCCAUCAGGGGCCAUCUCACCCCAAACUCAAUGAACAGAACAAUGACAACGAGACGCCGCUGCACUGUGCGGCUCAGUACGGACACACUGAGGUGGUGCAGCUGCUGCUGGAGGAGCUGACCGACCCCACCAUGCGCAACAACAAGUUUGAGACGCCGCUCGACCUGGCGGCGCUCUACGGCCGGCUGGAGGUGGUCAAACUUCUGCUCAGCGCUCAUCCCAACCUGCUCAGCUCCAACACCAAGAAACACACCCCUCUCCACCUGGCCUCUCGUAACGGACACCUGCCCGUGGUGGAGGUGCUGCUGGCCGCCGGCGUGGAUCUCAACUACCAGACAGAGAAAGGCAGUGCCCUUCAUGAAGCAGCUCUGUUUGGAAAGACAGAAGUAGUACAAAAACUACUCAACGCAGGGAUCGAUGUGAAUAUCGUGGACAGUAAGAGUCUAACAGCGCUGGACACUGUUAGAGACAUGCCCUCUCAAAAGAGCCGACAGAUCGCCGCCCUCAUACAAGCUCAUACGAGCCGCCGUCCGUCAGACACGAGCCUCCCUCCUCCACCAGUGCCACCUCCUCAAGAGAGCCUGAGCCCCAAGAGAAAAGGAGAAAUGGAGCAGCAGGUCAGUGAGCUCAUAUCCGGUUUGUCUGUGGAAGAGAGUCCGUAUGAAGCUCUGUUUGAGGCGUCCUCGUGUGUCUCACUGGACAGUCUGGCCAGCGGAAAGUCAUCGGACAGAGACUCCGGACGACCGGACAGCGAAGCCGGGAAGAAAGAGCAACAUCCUCCAAAGAAUCAGUCUGCACAGGACGAGGAUCUCCGCUCGGAGGCGGUUUACACUAACAGCAGUGUUGAUGAACGCGCCGAGCCUCUGGAAAAGGAAGAGCACACAUAUGAACUCUUAGUCACCGCACAGACCAAAAUCCCCAACAACACACAGAGCAAAACAGAUGUGGACGUCUCAGCCAAGUCUUCCAACAGUGUCCUACCUCAGCGAAAGACCACUGCACACAUUGACCCACGACCUUCAGGGUCCAACACAAACACUCUGCAGCUGCCUGCACCUCAUUUUAGCACAGGACAGACGUCUGGAGAGAGCUCCUCGCACGGUGAGGAUAUAAGCGCUGCCGUUCCUGAGCAGUUCACUGGUCUGCUUCACGGUUCCUCGCCGGUAGUCGACAGUCAGGAGGAAGCGUUCAGACUGCCGUCCUCUGGAGUGAAGUCCGGUGAGGCUUCCAACACUUCGACAUCUGCCAGCUCCGCCCCCCUUCCCCUUCCCAAAUUGGCAGUCACCAUGGAAACCAUUCUUCAGGACACCGACCCCAAAGCUAUCUACGCCACGGUCCACAAAGAGCCACGGGAUUCGUCGAAACACAACUCACCGGCCCGUGAUUCUCCGCUGACGAGAAGGAUGCCUCCGCCGGGCGAUCUCAAACUAGCACGUAGCCUUUCGAAGUCCGACUCCGACCUGCUGGUGUCCCCACCCGGUGAGGAAGAGACGGGGUUGGGCGGCCGAAGUGAGUCAGUGUCCAACUGUAGCACCACCAAGAGAAGACUGGAAAAAUCACCUUCGUUCACUUCAGAAUGGGACGAGAGACAGAGGCAUUCCCUCUCUUUUCCAUGGAGACAGCGGCCGCCUCAGAGAAUUGAGAAGAUCAUGAACCUAAUUGGAGCCGGCAUCGACUUUUCCAAAGACCAGGAGUGCCCUGCCACAGGUGGAUCCGGGAGGCUGCUUGAACAGCCGGUCGGUGAUUGGUUGGAGCAUAUAGGCCUUCCACAGUAUGAGAGCAAGCUACUGCUCAACGGCUUUGAUGACCUACGAUUCAUGGGAAAUGAUGUAAUGGAAGAGCGAGACCUGAGAGAAAUUGGCAUCACGGAUCCGGCACAUCGCAGGAAGAUCCUCAGUGCUGCACGUUCUCUACCAAAGGUGAAAGCAUUAGGCUGUGACGGGAGCACGUCCCUCGCUGCGUGGCUGGACGUCCUGGGUCUUCAGGAAUACCUGCAGAACUUCCUGUCCAGCGGCUAUCGCACGCUAGAAUGUGUGAAGAACCUGUGGGAGCUGGAGAUUGUCAAUGUGCUGAAGAUCACAUUGUUGGGCCACAGGAAAAGGAUUAUUGCAUCAUUAGCUGAACGGCCGUAUGAGGAGCCUCCGGUCAAACCACCCCGCCUCUCUCAGAUCAGAUGUCAGGAUCUCAUGUCCCAGACCUCGUCUCCUCUCAGUCACUCAGACUCCUACACGCGCUCCAUGGAUCCCCUGUUACCUGCUGGUGAUUCUGGGAGGAGAAGAGGUCCCGACUCGGAAUAUGACGUGGCUGUUCGACAACGGCCCAGUGACAGACCACAAGAGAGAUUUGAGGAACGUCAGCGGGAGCCUCGCUUGACCUUACGACCCCCGAGUCUGGCUGCGCCGUACACACCGGUCCAGAACUGGCACCAUCAGCCCGAGAAGCUCAUCUUCGAAUCAUGCGGUUACGAGGCCAACUAUCUGGGCUCGAUGCUGAUUAAAGAGCUAAGAGGAACAGAGUCAACGCAGGACGCCUGUGCUAAAAUGAGGAGGUCAACAGAACAGAUGAGGAAGAUCCCCACCAUCGUCCUCUCCAUCACAUAUAAGGGUGUGAAAUUCAUUGAUGCUGCCAACAAGAACAUCAUUGCAGAACAUGAGAUCAGGAACAUCUCAUGUGCAGCUCAGGACCCAGAGGACCUCUGCACAUUUGCUUACAUCACUAAAGAUCUGCAGAGCAGCCAUCAUUACUGCCAUGUGUUCAGCACCGUAGAUGUGAACCUGACCUAUGAGAUCAUUCUGACGCUGGGACAGGCGUUUGAAGUGGCCUAUCAGCUGGCACUGCAGGCCCAGAGGACCAGACAGCAGCAGAGCGCAGCCGGAGCGACGGAAAUCAUCGAGACCAAGAGCAGCAGACCUGUCCCCAAACCACGAGGGAGUAUGCGCAAGUCAGGGGUGGAAGCGAUGGAUGUGGACGCUCACGCUCAGAGCAGUGCCACCUGGAUCCUGGACUCCAAAGAUCCCAAGCGCACCGUCAGCACCAAGUACGAGACCACCAUAUUCUGAUCGGACCGCCCCCUCAAACCUUUUCCUUUCGCUCUGUGCCUUCACUCUCUAGAUAGACUCUGACCUCCCCUCGCCGACGGGACCGAACUCCUUCCCCCUCGCUCUCCUCUUCAUUCACUCCGUCUCUCUCACACAGUCCCGAAGCCUAGUUCUGCUCUGGCUGUCCAACAACCCUUUCCUGAGGCUGAAACAAACCUCCACUCUUACUCCACAAACACAUUUCCUCACGAUCCUCUGCCCUUUAAGUUGGUUCAGGUAUGCCGCCCAGUUUAGGAGCCCCUCUCACCUGUAGUCGUAUCACAACUGGCCUGAAACCAGACUAGAACAUCUCGUCAUCUAACCUUCCUGUUUCAAACGUGAAGAAACUAACAUUUCCUUCUCAUUCUGCUCGAAGGACUCUCCCUCCAUCCUCCACACUGACGGUUUUUCUCUUAACGAGUUUCUCUCUCUUUUCCCCUUCUGUGGUGCUCAUCUCUGCCAGGCGUCGAGCGCAGUGAGACACUGAUGAAGACUUCCUCUUCAGUCUGAGCUAAAACAGCUGGACUCCAGUAAACGUGUAGCAUCCGAUCAAAACAGUCCACACCGCCGAGGAUUACGAUAGAAGGCACUUUCCACGAAUAGAAUACGCUGACCGCUGUGUCGGAUGCCAGACAUAAAGGAAAGUUGGGAUGCCAGUGACAGCAUGACUGUGGAUGAAACAUCACUUGUAAUUGUGUGUGUUUAUAUAUAGAUCUAUGUAAGUGUCAAAAGUCUCCUCCCAUCCAUCGGCAGGUUUUCACCUUGAACACACAAACACACGAGCCAAAGACAAACAAACAGCAUCCCGUCCAGUUUAACACACUUAACAGAACCCCUCCCCCUCUGAAAAACAUCUUGCUUUUAUCAGAUUUCUGACGCGUUCGAGGACUAACACUGGAAACACAGCAGUCACUGUAUUCUCCCGCAAUAACAAGAGCCAGUGUUGACGUUGCCUUUGCUUUGAUUUCUUCGAGUUUUGUUUUAUUUUUAUUGUGAAGCGACAGUCGACACGCUCCUGUUUUGUCUGUGAUUUUGCCGUCUAAACUGAUGGUCUUUCAUCUCACAAAGUGUAGAUGCUUUUAUUUUGUCUGAUAACUUCGAAAAUAAAUACAGCAGGUUAGAAACACUGAUUCAGUUCAGCAAAACACUGAUUAGAGAGAACAGUCUUGUCUUUUGAUGUCCAGUUAAGAUCAAUCCAUCCGUAAGUUUGAUUCUUACUGUCAGUUUUUAAAGUCAGGUGACCAACAGGCUUUAGUACAGAUGUUUGUCAAGAUAAAUAAUAUGGUCAAGACCAUUCAAACAUAAGAAUUGUGAACUAUGGUGCGAGUUUCAAUAGGAAAGGUUUGGCCUUUGAAGGUCACAGCCAGAAACUCGGUGCCAGAUUAGUAGGAGAUACUCUGUGUUGUGACGUCUUAUGGUACACUAUUAUGAUAAGUUAAUAAGUUUAUGAUGGCAUGAGAACGGUACAGUCCAGAUCCUGGUACUUGUAGUGACUCUUACACGUAUACUGUGAUUUCUUAUACAAAACAAUGGCGUUAAUGUGACACUACAAACAACAGGGUGUUGUUUUUAUGUGUAGAGUUUUGUGUCUUUCCUUUAGUGAUUAAGUUGCAGAAAGCAGGGUAUGUCUAAAAAAUAAAAACGAAACAGAGGAAAAGGUUUAAAAAUUAAAAUUUGCAUAUUCAUCUGUCUUGGACGAACCUGCGCUUAUAUUUUUGUAGAUAGUCAUACGUAAAUAUGAGUUGUAGAUGGGAAAUAUUCCUGUAUUCAUUUAACCCUAGUUUACAAGGAUUUUAAGUCUGGUACUUUUUAAUUUCGAUUUUUCAUUUUUUUUUUUCAUCAUUUUUAACAUGGUACGUUAAAAAUGGGUAUAGUGCUAAAUACAAGCAGAUGCUAAUGCUAGCACCUGUAACAGCCGCAGUGUUUGCACAACUAAUCACGUUAGCAAAUACAACCGUGACAGUUCGGAUCAUAUUCUUGGCUAAAUGAUUAAAAUAUAAACAGUAUCGAAUUGUAAAGUAGUCCUGGGUGGUCUGUCUUUUGAUACUUGAAUGAUUCUGCUUUUAUAGAUCUCUCUCUCUAUAUAUGUAUAUGUAUGUAUGUACUGUAUCUAUUUUUUUUUCUUUACAUUUUUGGUCAUGUUUUUUGUCAUAUGUAGAGAGGAACGUCUUUUUAAAGCUCAACAUAUCAUGAUGUAAGUGAGCAUGAGACAAUGACAAUGGAUUCUCUGAGAGACCUUGCUACAGAAUCAAAGAACGAUUGUAAAUAAUCUUGGGCUUCCAGUCUUUUUUAUGAUUAUUAUUUUUCAUAAUUGUACAUCCAAUAAAUGAAGAGAUGAUA